GUCAUGGAUUUGAGGUGAGGGAAAAGAAUAAGGUUAAAUGACAAUCUGACAUGUGAGACUCGUAAUUAAUAGGAUUAAAACUUGUAAACUUAGAGUCAAGAGGUAAAAAAUAAUUGACUACACCAAUUUAAAUGAAUUUAUCGACCCUAACCCUUAAACGACUUGAAAGGCUAAAACAUACUACGGAGUAUUAGAAAUAUAAUAAUUCCAUAUAUAGAUUUUAUGAUAAUAUUUUACUUAUUUAGAAAAAUUAAAUAAUACUAUAACUUAGUUAUAUUAUAUGUUAUCUAUUGAUAUAAAAACAUUAUCUUAUUAAUUAGGAAAGUUCAAGGAGUUAGAAUAUCUUGCUUUCUAGGCCUAUUAGGAUUAAGGUUUUUUUUUUUUUUUUUUUUUUUUUUUUUUGACAAAGAGGAUUACGUUGUUGUUAUUGUAUAAAUAUCCACAAUAAGAAGAAGCCAGACUAUUUAACACUCUUUUAACUUAAACUUAUCACAUACUUUAUUUCCUUAUAUAUAGUUAUAUAUAACACCAUAUAUAUGAUGAUCGAAGCUGAUUAAUCAAUUAAAAAAGAACAUACCAUACAAGUUGUGAGAGUAAAUUAUCUACAAUGGAAGAAGCUAUUGCUGAAGGAGAACAACAUAAGCAUCUUAACAAAUUUGCUUGUGCUGCUGCUAUUAUUGCCUCUAUAAUAUCUGUCAUAUUUGGCUAUGAUACUGGAGUUAUGAGUGGAGCAAUGAUUUUCAUCAAAGAAGACCUCAAGAUCAAUGACACACAAAUAGAAGUACUAGCAGGGAUACUUAACUUGUGUGCAUUGGUUGGCUCUCUAAUAGCCGGAAGGACUUCCGACUACAUCGGUCGACGCUACACAAUCGUCGUAGCAUCCACCCUCUUCUUGUUAGGCUCUAUCUUGAUGGGUUACGGCACUAACUACGCGGUCUUAAUGACCGGGAGGUGCAUCGCUAGAUUCGGCGUAGGCUUUGCCCUUAUGAUCGCGCCAAUCUAUACAGCCGAGAUUUCUUCAGCUACACAUAGAGGAAAACUAUCAUCAUUACCCGAGUUUUGCAUUAGUCUCGGCAUUUUAUUAGGAUAUGUCUCAAAUUACUUGUUUGGAAAACUAACGUUGAAGUUAGGUUGGAGGCUAAUGCUCGGCGUGGCAGCCAUACCGUCUCUUGGUUUGAUCUUUGGGGUACUUAAAAUGCCCGAGUCUCCACGUUGGCUCGUCGUGAAAGGGCGCAUAGAGGAUGCUAAAAGAGUCCUUAUGUUGGUGUCUAACUCGAAAUACGAGGCCGAGAUUAGGCUUGAAGAUAUAAUAACAACCGUAGAGUCUACAAAAUUGCUAGAUAAAAAGUCUCAAACCGAGUUUUCCUUAUGGAAGGAGCUCCUCUUUAAGCCCACCUUAGCGGUUCGUUGGACCUUAUUUGCUGCCAUAUGUAUUCAUUUCUUCGAACACGCAACCGGUGUAGAAGCUGUCAUACUAUAUAGCCCUAGGAUCUUCAAGGCGGUUGGGAUCACUAGCAAGAACAAGCUCUUGCUAGCAAAUGUAGGGCUAGGGGUGGUUAAGACCCUUUUCAUUUUAGUAGCUACUUUUUUAUUAGACAAAGUUGGUCGACGACCAUUGCUAUUGACUAGCACAGCUGGGGUGAUAGCCGCCCUUAUAGCACUUGGGGUCGGGCUAACUUUCACCAGUUGUUACCCUCAGCUACCUAUUGUUGCAAACUCGAAAAACCAUGCAUCAUGGGCUCUAGCACUAUCUAUAUGUGCCACAUACAUUUAUAUGGCCUUUUUCUCAAUUGGGAUAUCACCCAUCACUUGGGUUUACACAUCUGAGAUAUUUCCCCUUAAGUUUCGAGCUGUCGGCGCAGGACUUGCUGUGGCUGUGAAUAGGUCUAUGAAUGCUGCUGUAUCAAUGAGUUUCAUAUCAAUGUAUAAGGCAAUUACAAUUGGUGGGACUUUCUUCUUGUUUGGUGGGCUUGCAAUAAUGGCUUGGUUGUUUUUCUACUUCUUUUUGCCUGAGACAAAGGGAAAAUCUUUGGAAGAAAUUGAGAUGAUGUUUAGUAAGAAAACUCAACCAAUAAAUGAGGAUCAUUUUGUUGAAUUAACGAACAAAAAGUGAUGGAUAAUAGAAAUUAGGGAUAAAAUAUGAGGAAAAUGUAAUUUGUAAUUUGUUGAAUGUUAGAAGAUUAUUGAUAGAUAAUUUGUACCAGUAUCUUUUUUUUCAAGUUUCACCUUUCAAGUGGCAAACAAAUCAAUUGAGUUGAGU